AUGAGCUCGACCUCUACUGACUUGCCCACCUCGUAUACAAGCCUCGGACGCGAUGGCCUAUCCGUCUCGCACGUCCCGGCGAGUUCGGCCGCGGUCACCAAAGUGAUCAUGGUCACCCUCGACCGGCCUGCCAAGUACAACGCAAUGACCCUCGACAUGCUCCUCGGUCUCGAGGCCAUCUUCAACACCGUCAGCGAGGACCCCAGGGUCCGCGCCGUGGUCCUCACCGGCGCAGGCAAGGCCUUUUCGGGAGGGGCCGACCUCAAUGUCGGGUUCACGGGCAUGGUGGGCGGCCGCGUCGCUCUGGCGAUCACCAACUGCAAGAAACCCACAAUCGCCGCCAUCAACGGCCCGGCCGCCGGCGUCGGCCUCACAAUGACGCUGCCCGCCACCAUCCGCGUGGCCUGGGAGGGCGCCAAGUGCGGGCUCCCGUUCGCCCGCCGCGGCAUCGUCCUCGAGUCCUGCAGCGCCUUCUUCCUCCCGCGCCUCAUCGGGCUGUCCAAGGCGAGCCACAUCGUGGCCACGGGCGCCGUCUACCCCGUCACGGACCCGCUGGUGCGCGACCUGUUUUCCACGCUGCUGCCGACGCCGCGGGAGACGGUGGAGUACGCCGUGCGUCUGGCGGAGGACCUCGCCGAGACCACGUCGCUCGUCAGCACGAAGCUGAUGCGCGACAUGAUGGUGUACGGCCCGCCGAGCCCGGAGGGCGCGCAUAUCCUCGAUUCGCGGGCCUUUGUGCAGCUCGCUGGGACCGAGGACAACGUGGAGGGGGUGCGGAGCUUUCUGGAGAAGAGGAAGCCAGAGUUCACUGGCAGCCUGAGCCGUGAGAGUGUUCCGUUCUGGCCUUGGUGGGACGGUGAUACUGGGCGGUAUGUCUCUCAGCUUGAGAAGGCGGCGAAGCUAUGA